UUUUUUUUUGUUUUGUUUUUGCUUGCAUAGAGUAUCUUUUGUUAUCCCUUCACUUUGAAUCUCUGUAUAUGUUUACAGCUGAGUAUUUCUGAAGGUAUACUCCUUACCCACGGAAAUACACACGGGGCAAAAUUAGAAGAGGCUUCUCAUUCUGCCAACCACUGGACAGCAAGAGAGUUAACCCACAAUGGGGCAAGAAGAACCUCAAAAUAAACAAGGAGGCCAGCAUUACCAGCUGAUCCCGUGGGCUGUUGCUGUUUUUUUCAUCUCACUUCUCAGUGCUUGUUUUAUUGCCAACUGUUUGGUAACUCAUCGCAACUUUCUGCGCUGCAGGAGAGAUACAAGAGUGUUCAAGUUACCAGAGUACCACACGAAGCUGACAUGCACCAGAGAGAAAUCAAAAUUGAAAGGGAGCACCUGGAAUUGCUGUCCUUUUGGCUGGAGAGCCUUCCAGUCCAACUGCUAUUUUUUUCUUACUGACAACAAGACAUGGGCCGAGAGCAAAAGGAACUGCACGAGCAUGGGGGCUCAUCUGGCCACCAUCAGCACAGAAGCUGAGUUGAAUUUUAUUAUUCAAUUUUUGGAUCCACGAUUUUCCUAUUUCCUGGGACUUGAGAACCAUGAAGGCUGGUGGUCCUUGGUGGACAAAACACCAUUUAACCCACAUAAUUUAUUAUGGCAUGAGGGUGAACCGAACAAUCGGGAAGAAAAUUGUGUUGUCCUUGUUAAUGUUCAAGACAAAUGGGCCUGGAAUGAUUUUCCUUGUAACUUUGAGACAAAAAGGAUUUGUAAAUUACCUGGAACAGCAUUCAACUAGAAACCUCCAAAGGAGUCCUUGUAUGGGGACAGAAAAGAAGAACUAAUUAGACUAGGGAAGAAUGUACCCACACCGUUGGGACAGAGAAAACCUGCUGAGAAAAUAGAACACUUUCAGUUAUGAUGGCCUUAUUUAUUUUUGUUCUAUUCAUUCAAGAUAAUGUGUUUUUGUGUGGUAUGAUGGCAGGAAUCAUCUUUUCUGUGAGAAUCCACUUUCAUGAACUUUCUUUUCUUGACAGUAUAUCAGAGUACUUCUUUUUCAGUUGGUAUGCAUCGAUUACAUACCGAACACAACGGCUCAAAUAAUGCAAUCUCUUAGUCAUUGUUUUCUUCUGCUCAGAUUUUUAGCUCUUAAGAUUCAAACACAGGGUAUUCCAACUGGUAGUGGUAUGCCAUUAUUUUAGC